GAAACGUGGUUAAUGUUUUGUUAACAGAUGGCGGCAAAAUUUUAUAGCAGUAGAUAGAAUCCGCAGUCCAAAUCCAUUUCGCUUCGUCAAACACAUACGGCAAAACCACGAAUCCACGAUUGUCUCCACAAAAAAAAAAAACACGAAUCAAUGCACCAGGGUCCUCCCGGCUGCUACGUAUUUUUGCUGUAAGGCCUUUAUUGCAGCGGCCUUGCCGGUCGAGCAGAGCAGAGCAGCGUGCUCCUCGCCAUCGAUCUGAUCCAAGAAGAAGAACAUAGAGCAAGAAGCUGUUUUUGCUCGGUUCUCAGGAGCACAGCUUCUUGGAGUGGCGGUCUGAGAACGGAAGAGGGAUUUAGUCGGCAUGCUGUUGGGGAAAGCAAGGUGGAUGUCGUUCUCUUGUGGAUAUGCAGGCAUACAGAUCCAUGUGAGUCAGUGAGUGGAGGAUGGUGUAGAGCAAAUUCAAUGGACCACAGGUUCAGUUAGUGCAGCAAUCAUUUGGGGUUUGCACUGCAAGACGAGGGAUGGGAGGGCACUCGCUGAAUCAAACUCGCGCCGUUGCCAUCCCUAUUUGCCAAUCAAUCAUCAGCUGUGCUCGGGGUACCGUGUUCCUGAAGAUUCCUGUGCUGCAUGUUGAAUUCCAUAAGGCUACCAUAACAAGUGAGGAUAUGAAUUGGUGUUGUCUUCCAAAUUCCAAGAAAGACGAAGAUCCUUACUCUCACAGCAUAUGUGGUAUUUAUUCUGAGAAGAACAUAAGGCUCUUCUCCUAUGCUGAGUUGAGAUCUGCAACAGACAACUUCAAUCACACGAACAAAGUAGGCCGAGGUGGCUUUGGGAUAGUUUAUAAGGGAACCAUUAGAAACGAGCAAGAGGUUGCGGUAAAAGUCCUCUCUGCUGAAUCCAGGCAGGGCAUCAGAGAAUUCUUGACAGAAAUUAACGUCAUUAGCAAUGUGAAGCAUCCCAACCUUGUUGAAUUAAUUGGCUGUUGCGUUGAAGGAAAUAACCGGAUUUUGGUGUAUGAAUAUCUUAAAAACAGCAGUCUUGACCGUGCACUGUUGGGUUUUAACAGUGAACCUGCUAACUUCACUUGGAGCAUAAGAUCUGUUAUAUGCACUGGAGUUGCUAGCGGUCUUGCAUACCUGCAUGAAGAGAUUGCAUCACCCAUUGUACACAGAGACAUCAAGGCUAGCAAUGUACUUCUUGACAGGAAUUACAUCCCCAAGAUCGGGGAUUUUGGCCUGGCGAAGCUAUUUCCUGAUAAUAUCACCCACAUCAGCACCCGUGUAGCUGGAACAACAGGUUACCUUGCACCUGAAUACGCAUGGCAUGGCCAGUUAACUAAGAAAGCAGACAUAUACAGCUUUGGGGUCCUUGUGCUGGAGAUAGUAAGCGGCAGAAGCAGUUCAAGGAGCCUACUGGCUGAUGACAAGAUUCUUAUAGAGAAGGCAUGGGAGCUAUAUGAAGCAAAAAGGCUCAAGGAACUGGUCGAUCCAGCCCUUGGAGAUUACCCUGAAGAUGAAGUCCUCCGGUACAUCAAGGUUGCCCUCUUCUGCAUACAGGCGGCGGCGGCGCGCCGGCCGUCGAUGCCGCAGGUCCUGACCAUGCUGUCCAAGCCCAUCCGGAUCAACGAGAGCGAGCUGAUGGCGCCGGGAUACAUCCACGACUACAAUACCACGGUGUCCAAGGCGACCACUUCCAGCGACUCGAGGUUCAAGCACUCAGGGUCGGAGGAUUCCAACACGUUCAGCACGGUUGUUCCACAAACGGUGACCGAGAUAAGCCCCAGGUGAAGCAAACACCAGGCAGUUCAGCAGAUGUGAGAUGCUCGUGUUGUGAACUGGCGACCACGUAGAGUGAAGGACCUGACGGUAUAUAGAGUACUCAGUGUGGGUGGGGUAUUGUAUCAGGAUCAGGACGGACUGCAUAUCAUCCUCUACCACUUAUUUAAAAUAGCAACUGAGCAAUUAUCCCC